AUGUCUUCUAGUGCUGAGCCAAACAGCGAGUCGCAAUCGAGACGUGGCUCGUAUGCUCCCGUUGAGUUCACGGCUCAAGUAAAGCAGCAAUGCUUGAAACAGGUGGAAUUUUACUUUUCCGAGUUCAAUUUGCCAUAUGAUAAAUUUCUACGUAUGACCGUGGCGAAGAACGACGGAUGGGUGCCCAUCACCACGAUUGCCAGUUUCAACAGGAUGAAGAAAUUCAGACCUGUGGAUAAGGUGGUCGAGUGCCUGCGCGAGUCUAAGGUGUUGGAAGUGAGCGACGACGGCGAAAACGUCAAGAGAAUCGAACCUUUGGACUUCGAAGGCGCCAAGAAUGCGAGAUUGGAGCAGAACAAGCGGACGUUGGCUGUCAUCAACUUCCCUCACGAAAACGUAGAUGACAUGACUGCUCUGCAGGAAAGCCUGGAGGAGUUUUUCAAUAAGCUUUCGGAGGUUAACCAGGUUCGUCUGAGAAGAGAUCAUAAGAAGAAGUUCAACGGAACCGUCAUCGUGGAGUUCAAGACGUUGCCCAAAUGCGAGGAGUUUCUCAAGGUCUACUCUGGCGAGGACGCUGAGACGCUAUCGUACGAGGGGAAGAAGCUGGAAGUGUUUACCAAGAAGCAGUAUGAUUUGCAAAGGGAGGCUACCAGAUCCAAGAAUUUCAGCGGAUCCGGUCAGAGAUCCAGAUCUUUUACCGGUCACAGGAAGAAUAUGCCAAAAUCACGCCGCUCGACCAAGAGCGACGACAACAAAUCCGAGUCGGAAUCGAAGGAAGAAUUGAGGGAGGAAGCCGGUAAGGAGUCUGUCCCCGCCCAGGCGGAAGAGCACCCAUGA